AAAACGAAACGAAACGUCACUUAAGUCGCCAAACCGAGCCAAGCGCCGUGAUUUCGUUGAUUUCUUUAUUGUUUUAGCUUUUCAGCACCGGCAUUGGCAUUUUAUCGCUUAUAAUAAGUAACGCCGACCUUUUCAACAGAGCGGACAAUUUUAUUAACCAAAGUUACUAGACAAACCUAACAAAAUUGCUUCCACAAUGACAGUGACGCGGGUCGCGGAAUCCCGCACCGAAUUUAAACUGAAAAGUCUGCCCGAAGACGUGAUAUCAAGUGUUAAAUUUGCUCCUAAGUCCAACCAAUUUCUUCUGGUGUCAUCUUGGGACUGCUCCGUGAGGCUGUAUGAUGUGAGCGGAAACGUGGAGCGGCAUAAAUACAACCAUGAGCUUCCCGUGCUAGAUGUCUGCUUUAGGGAUGCUGUCCACUCAUACAGUGGAGGGCUUGACCAGACUCUCAAGAUGUAUGACCUCAAUGCCGGCUCGGAAACAAGCCUUGGUGAACACAAGGGUGCUAUUCGCUGUGUCGAGUAUGCAAAUGAAGUUAACGCUGUCUUGACAGGGAGUUGGGACGGAACUGUUAAAAUGUGGGACAGUAGAGUACCAAAUUGUGUUGGAACAUAUAAUCAAGGAAAUGAGAGGGUAUACACCAUGAGCAUAGUCGGCGAGAAGUUCGUAGUGGGCACGUCCGGUCGCAAGAUCUUCGUCUGGGAUGUCCGCAACAUGGGGCAUGUGAACCAGCGGCGUGAAUCCUCACUCAAGUACCAGACAAGAUGCAUCCGAGUCUUCCCUAACAAACAGGGUUACGUGCUGAGCUCUAUUGAGGGUCGCGUGGCGGUGGAAUAUCUGGACAGCAAUCCAGAGGUGCAGAAGAAGAAAUACGCCUUUAAGUGUCACCGGAUCAAGGAUGGAGGUUUAGAAAAGAUUUACCCGGUGAACGCCAUCAGCUUCCACUCCGUGUACAACACAUUCGCGACCGGCGGCUCGGACGGAUACGUCAACAUCUGGGACGGGUUCAACAAGAAGAGGCUCUGCCAAUUCCACAGGUACAACACGGCGGUAUCUUCCCUCUCGUUCUCGGCGGACGGGUCGGCGCUCGCCAUCGCGUGUUCGCAGCUCGACGAGUCUCAGCAGGAAGACCCCAAGCCCGAAGACACUAUCUACAUCCGAUACGUCACCGACCAGGAGACCAAGCCCAAAUGAACACCGCUUAGUUCAAGCCCGACAGUCUGCGACUAGUUUACGAGGUUUUU